AUGAAGAAUUUUUGUCUCUUGAAGGUGCUCGAUCUUCAAGAUGCUCCGGUUAAUCAGAUCUCAGAAGCUGUGGGAAGUUUAUUUCAUUUGCAGUAUUUAAGCCUCAGGGGUACCAAAGUAAAGAAGCUACCUAGUUCUAUUGGUAAACUUCAGAACCUUCAAACUUUGGAUCUCAAACAUUCCCUAGUAGAAGAGCUACCAACUGAGAUAAGUAAACUGCGGAAACUAAGACAUCUUGUGUCAUAUUCUUACCAUUGGGAUGAUACAUUCAGUUUCCACAUCAGGAAUGUAACAGCAGGAAAAAUACCAGCUGAAAUUUGUCAGAAUUCUCUUGGGAUGCAAAAUUUGGGAUGGGUGGAUAGUAGUAAUUCAUUAGGUCUCUUAGAUCAACUCGGACAUUUGAAGCAGUUGAGAAGAUUAGGAGUUGCAGGGGUCGAGAUAAAAGAUGGAAGCACACUUUGUAACGCAAUCAAGAAUAUGCAUCGUCUCCAAACAAUUCUGAUUGCUUCGAGAAACAAAGAUGAGGUGCUUGAUUUAGACCAUAUGUCAUCACCUCCUAUGUUUCUUCGCCGUGUUCUUCUAAUAGGACGGUUGCAGAAGUUUCCAAGUUGGAUUUCACAGCUUGAAAACGUUGUUAAGAUUGGUUUCUGUCAUUCACGUUUGAAAGAUGGCUCAUUUGAGCCACUCGGAAAGCUGCCAAACCUGAAGAUGCUUGUGGUUUCAGAGGCAUAUGAUGGUGAAACUCUGUAUUUUGGUGCAAUGCGGUUUCAAAAGCUUAAGAUUCUACGGCUUUUUUAUCUGUACAAUCUGAAAGUGAUAACAAUGGAGCCGGAGAGUUUGCCUGUUCUUGAGGAGUUGGAACUCGGAUCAAGCCCACAUAUGGAGUUCCCCACAGGGAUCCAACACCUUAAGAGCCUAACUCUGCUUAACUUACAUGAUAUGCCGAAAACAUUUUCAGAUGACUUGACUCCAAACAUAGGCCAGCAUUUUGGCAUCAUCAACCAUGUACCUAAUGUAUAUGUCAAUUCUAAGGCUGGAGCUGGUCGUUGGGAAUCCUCCUCUUUACGAUGUCCAUAUGAACGAGAAACACUGUUGUACACACAGUAUUCGGGGCCACUUCGAUCUUCAUGA